UUGUUGGCCGCAUAAGUUCAAGUGAAGCAGAAGCAGAGGGUGAUGGUGAAUUUGCUGAUUGCAACAUCAUGAAAUUCAAACGAGAAUUAAAACUUUCGAAAAGUUUUUUAGUUUUAUCACCUAUAUAUGCUGAAAAAAUUUUUCUGAGGUUGAACUGA